GGCGGCCGCCCGCUGAGGCCUCGCACCCGCGCCCGGCGCCGGACUCGCCCCCGCGGACCCGAGAGCCGGAGAUGACUUGCACAAUCGAGAAGGCCCUGGCCGAUGCCAAAGCCCUGGUCGAGCGGCUGCGGGACCAUGACAACGCGGCAGAGUCACUGAUCGAGCAGACCACGGCGCUCAGCAAGCAAGUGGAGGCCAUGAAGCGGUAUCAGGAAGAAAUUCAGGAGCUGAACGAAGUAGCAAGACAUCGCCCACGGUCCACGCUGGUCAUGGGGAUCCAGCAGGAAAACAGGCAGAUCAGAGAGCUGCAGCAAGAGAACAAAGAAUUACGUACUUCCCUAGAAGAGCAUCAGUCUGCCUUGGAACUUAUCAUGAGCAAGUAUCGAGAGCAGAUGUUCAGGCUGCUAAUGGCAAGCAGAAAGGAUGACCCAGGUAUAAUAAUGAAGUUAAAAGAGCAGCACUCCAAGAUUGACAUGGCCCACCGUAACAGCCCCGGAGGGACCUUCCUCGAUGCAUCCCGACACAUCCUGGAAGCACCCCAGCACGGACUGGAGAGGAGGCACAUGGAAGCGCAUCAGAAUGAGUUGCAGGCGCAUGUUGACCAGAUCACGGAAAUGGCCGCCGUGAUGAAGAAGGCCAUCGAACUCGACGAGCAGCAGGGCUGCAAGGAACAGGAGCGGAUAUUCCAGCUGGAACAAGAGAACAAAGGCUUGAGAGAGAUCCUUCAGAUAACUCGGGAGUCCUUUCUGAGCCUCCGCAGAGACGAGGGGCCGGAGGGCGUGUCGGGGCUGUCCCCGCUGGUGACCGGCAGUGACCUGCGUCUUCGAGAGAGCUAGGACACCGCUGUGGGCAGGGCACUGGCACGGGCGGUCUGCAGCGAGUCUUUCAAAGCCACGAUGCCGGCACGUCACAUACCCCCAAACCUUCGAAACGUAGAAGCUGCACCUUUGGGCCCUGGUGGUCAGCUGAACGCGGCCGGAGCCCUCAGCAUCCCCGUGGGUGUCCUGGAUACGUGAAUAAAUGUGAAUCUCCCCUGCAAGUGGAUGGAAGUCCAUAAAAUUAACCCUCCCUAAAAUAAAACGUGGCCGCGGUUUUAUGAAUGGAAGAUCUUCGUGCUGGCGUGUAUCCUUACUCGGUGUCAGAGGCGGCCUCGAGAGUGUGGACCACGUGACUCUGCCUGUGACGAUUGCCUGUGUACUGGCCCAUUCCAAUUUGUGUCGAAAGAAAAUUCCAUUUUAGAGACUUUAGAAAGGCAUACGUACCUUAAGGGGUGUCUUCAUUUUGACUGAUCUGUUAAAAGACUCGGUUAACAAUUGUCAACAGCCGACUUAAGGAUAUGAGAUAUUUCAGGAAUGAAAGAGAAGGAAUACUUUCUAAGAAAGAAGAUCUUUGAUGUAGUAGGUUCAACUACUCCUUUGCAAGAAUAGGUUUGGUUCUCUGCUUGAAAUUUAAGGAUGUUUUGCAGCUGGGCUAGCUAACAGAAUUGUAAUGUUUUAUCUAGAAAGUUACAGUAAUUUCAAAAUGCUUCAGCUCAUAGAACCUCUCUACCCCUCUCUCCCCCUCAAAAGUAGCAAGGUAACAAAAAUCACCUUGCUAAUAUGGGGGAAAUAAGUUAAAUUUUUAGAAAUUGGGGGUGCACACCUGACAGCACUCAGCAUGGCUCCUGGUGGGGUCCCGGGAGGAUUGGACCCUGGCUGGCCUGGAGGAAGGCAAGCGCCCCACCUGCCGUUCUGUUGCCUGGCCCUCAGGAUCUGUCCUAAGCUUCACCUGGUCCUCAAAACCUAUCAAAAGGAAAAAAGGAUUUUUCAGCAUUUAUGCUUACCAAAAUCUAUAUCCAGGGCCGGAGAGGUAGUACAAAGCUCUUGCCUUGCACAAAACAGGCUGGUUGAUUCCUGGCACCCCAAGCAGUUCCCCAGGGCCCCACCAGGAAUGAUCCCUGAGCACCACUGGGUGCAGUCAGAAAGGAUACCGAGUGUGCAGAAUCUUUUAAUUCCCCAGAAAUAGAAACGUGCUUUAACAGUAGUGAAAUCUAACAUCUGGCUCUAAUUUAGAAGGAUAUUUGUAAAAGUUACCACUAUAGAGAAAUUUUGCUUUUGUGUAUAUAAUUUGUUAAAUAUUUCACAAGGUAAUUUCUAUGUAUAAUUUCGUAUCUUCGUAAAACUCCUUUUCACUUCAGAAUUUUUCUAACCGGUUAGGGGUGAGUGGGGGUUGGGGCUGAUGGCCCAGACAUGAAGCUGAGUGUUUUUUUCUCAUUCAGAGGCCUUAAUUGGUAUUUUAUAAUGACGGUUCUUGUUUCUAAACUUUUCUAUUAGUUUUUUUUUUGGGAAAGUACCCCCUAAUUUGACAGCACAUUCAUCUAUAUGGGUUUUAAACCCGUCAGCAUAAAAACAAGCUACAUAGUUGAGAGUUACGUCCAAGACAAUUCAUUGAGGCACCUUUAUUAUAAGAUAGAAAACAUUACUUGAUAAUUAUUUUUGUAAACGAAUAGGUUAAUUUAUUCUUGGUCUUGCUUGGUGUUUAAAGAUGUUUACUUUGUUAUAUGGUGACUCUUUGCCAUCCCAUACUUUUUUUUUUUAAAGCAGAACCUUAAAUUUGUGUCUGAGAGUAUGUACUGAGUAGGAGCUCAUUUCAUCAAUAAAGACGAGGUCACAGUU